CAUAGGGAAACUUUCAUUGCACAGACAUCUGAGACCCAUACGUUAUAUAAUAAUACACACAGUCACACACACUCUUCUAUGUUCUAUCGCUUUGGCUUCAAGAGUACGUGAACAGCUCAAAUACUCUUCUCUUGUUUCACCUAGAAGACUUGGAAGUUUAAUUUGUCUUUCUCUCUCUCUAAAAUCAGUUCAAAUACUCUUCCUUCACAUGGCUUCUACAACACCCAUUUCUCAUUCACAAUCCCUUUUCAACAAACCCCAAUUCGGAACACGAAAACUCCACCCCACUUCCAUACCAAAUCCCGAUUUCAAUUCUAGGGUUUUCACUAGAAAUUCCUCCUCCCUUUUGUACAGUAAAGGCGGUUCUGCUGUGACGCCUUUGAAUAAGAAGAAGAUGGUGGUUGUGUCGGCCACGACGGCGGAGAAGCAGCCGAAGAAGAGGUACCCAGGAGAGGCCAAAGGGUUCGUGGAGGAGAUGAGGUUUGUGGCCAUGAAACUGCACACCAAAGACCAGGCCAAAGAGGGCGAAAAGGAGCCUCAGGGCCAACCUAUUGCCAAAUGGGAGCCCUCCAUUGACGGGUAUUUGAGGUUUCUUGUGGAUAGCAAAUUGGUUUACGAUACGCUUGAGAGGAUCGUUGAAAAAGCGCCUUUUCCUGAGUAUGCUGAGUUCAGAAAAACAGGAUUGGAAAGGUCGGGAAAUCUCACAAAAGAUUUGGAAUGGUUCAAAGACCAAGGUCAUGCCAUUCCUGAACCAUCAACUCCUGGUCUUAGCUAUGCUCUUUAUCUUGAGGAAUUAUCAGAAAAGGAUCCCCAAGCAUUCCUUUGCCACUUCUACAAUAUUUACUUUGCCCACACCGCUGGUGGUCGAAUGAUUGGGAAAAAGGUUGCUGAAAAAAUUCUUAAUAAGAAGGAGCUGGAGUACUAUAAAUGGGAUGGUGAUCUUUCCCAACUGCUGCAGACUGUAAGGGACAAGCUGAACAGAGUUGCGGAAAGUUGGAGUAGAGACGAAAAGAACCACUGUUUAGAAGAAACGGAGAAAUCGUUCAAGUUCUCAGGAGACAUCCUUCGUCUAAUAUUGUCCUGAUGCACAAAAUUGUGCUCCUGUCUUUGUGAGGUUGUGUAAUGGCACAAGCUCCAGAUGUUGUCUGUGUUAAAGCUUUUAUCUUUUUCAAAUUUUACAAUUUCACUGUAUUGUACAUAAACAGAACUCUGUGUAAAUAUAGAAAUUUGAAUUUGGGCUCUAAA